CCGGGAGUCUAUGAUCCGUAUGUAGGGCUGAUGGUAGUUGCAAGCCCGCGACUCACUAGUAGGUCGAUCUCCUAACCCGCAGGCUGUCAUUUGCUUGUCUUUUCUCUGUGAUAGCAUUCGUAUAAACUCUAAAGCCAUCACCAAUCACGACCUCUGGUAACGAUCUUGGGGAUUGAAACGGAGUGGAUAACCCCAAUAUCGUUACCAGAGGUCGUAACAAAUAAUAGCCCCUACCACAGAUCCAAACAUGAGGUCGGUUAGCAAUGAAGAAAGAAUGAUGACGGUACGUUCGGUAGAUGCGUGGCCGUCACGGCGGCAGCAGAGAAACUAUUAAUAUACGAAUGGAUUCACUUUAUUCUUUCCCGAGUUACAGUCUUCCUUCUGCUCUAAUCGAUUUUCAGAUUGCUCAGCAAGACAGUCUUCAAAAUGGCGACGUCACAGAUGGCGCACAAGGUCGAGCAAGCCAUUGGCUACGACAACAACGCAAUUACCGCUCAGGACGUCUCAAACCCUGCGCUCGAUCCAGAGGAGUAUGGUGAUCCAAACAUUACGAUGAAGGCGCUAGCUUGGAUGGGAAAGAACAAAGUGCAAAUCAUUGACUGCCCAAAGCCAAAGCUCAUUGAAGACCGCGAUGUAAUCCUUAAGGUCACCGGCAGCACGGUGUGUGGCAGUGACCUCCAUCUUUUGCACGGCUCGAUCGUGGAAAUGCAGAAGGGUGACAUUCUCGGUCAUGAGUUUUGUGGUAUCAUCGAUGAGACGGGCCCAGAAGUCAAGAAUUUCAAGAAAGGUGACAGAGUAGUGGCGAGCUUCCAGAUCGCGUGCGGAGAAUGCCUGUAUUGCAAAAAGAAGCUCUCAUCGCAAUGCGCAAGGACCAAUGCGAACAAAAGCAUGAAUGCGAUGUAUGGUGGCAGGACAGCCGGCAUGUUCGGGUACUCGCAUUUCACUGGCGGCUUCGCUGGCGGUCAGGCAGAAUACGUACGCGUGCCGCUUGGCGAUGUAAACCUUCUCAAGCUUCCAGAUGACGUCCCUGACGAGAAAGGUCUCUACCUCUCAGAUGUAGUGUGCACGAGCUGGAACUGCGUCGUGGACACUGGCGUUAAAAAAGGUGAUGUCGUUGCAAUCUGGGGAGCAGGGCCUGUUGGGCAAAUGUGUGCGGAGUUCUCGUUCAUAAACGGAGCCAGCAGAGUCAUCAUGAUCGAUCACAAUUGGCGGCUGGACUUCGUAAAGGAGAAGUAUCCAAAGGUUGAGCGUGUAAACUACUCGGAGCUGAAGGGCACCAACCCUGUCGUAACCAAGCUGAAGGAGAUGGUUGAUGGCUAUGGCCCAGAUGUUGCACUUGAAUGUGUGGCUGGCGAGUAUCCGAAGGGAUGGCUUCAUACUGCUGAAAUAGCUGUCGGCCUUGAAACAGAUACUAGCGAGAUCUUGAACGAGAUGAUUGAGUCGGUGAAAAGUUUUGGUCGCGUCGGAAUUACCGGUGUCUAUGUGGGCCAUACAAACAACUUCAAUAUCGGCUCGAUAAUGGAGCGCGGUAUCCGCCUCAUCGGCAAUGGCCAAGCGCCAGUACAGUACUACUGGGAGGACCUGCUAAAGAGAAUCCAGGACGGCCAGAUUGACCCGCUUAGGAUGGUGACGCACCGUGUCCGCGUUGAGGAUCUAGACAAAGUGUAUUACAAGUUCGAGAAGAAGGAGGAUCAUAUGCAGAAGGUCUUUGCGCAGACGAAAUUCUCAGCGCCGCCUUGUGAGGGCUCUCCGCGGUUAACCAUAUAUUAGGUGAUAACAUAAAAGCAUGCUUUAAACCUUUAAUUUUAGGAGUAGUUUUAAUAAAACAAUAAUAUAUACCGU